AUGGACCACCCCCAAACCAUUAGAGACUUCCGUCUUAUUAGCCUGUGCAAUGUGAUAUACAAGGUUAUUACUAAAGUGAUUUCCAAUAGACUCAGAAGAUUCAUGCCGCAAGUAAUUGCCCCCAAUCAGUGUAGUUUUGUUCAAGGUAGGCAAAGUGUUGAUAAUAUUAUUCUCACCCAAGAGAUUAUUCACUCCAUGCACACAUUGAAGAACAAACGCGGCUUCAUGGUAGUUAAGAUAGACCUCGAAAAAGCCUAUGAUCGGAUUUGGUGGGACUUCAUCUUUGAUUGUCUGAGUGAAUUGAACAUACCCACAUAUCUCUGCAAGGUUAUCGAAGCUUGCGUCUCCUCUCCGUCCAUGCAACUCACGUGGAAUGGUCAUCUAAUUCAGGGGGCGGUUGAUAGUGGGGAGUGGCGUCCUUUCCAACUUAAUAAGCAUGGCACAGCUAUCUCUCAUCUAUUUUUUGCUGAUGACCUUAUUCUUUUCUCAGAGGCAAAUAUGGAGCAAGCAGGCAUCAUGAAAGCCACCCUAGAUGACUUCUGUGCUUUAUUAGGCCAAAGAGUCAACGCAAGCAAGACACGUGUAUUCUUCUCACCUUGCAUAAACCAUACAAGGGUGACGGAGAUUAGUGAUUUUCUGGGUUUUACUCCUACUAUUGACCUAGGAAAGUAUCUUGGUAGGCCAAUUAUUCAUAAACGAGUGACUAAAUCCACUUAUAAUGGGAUUCUAGAGAAAAUGCAUUCUCAGCUAUCCACUUGGAAGGUGAACACACUCUCCUUCACGGCAAGGUCCACUUUGGUGUCUUCAGUUGCUACUGCUAUGCCAUCUUAUGCCAUGCAAACUACUCGUCUGCCCAAAGGUACUUGUGAUAGGAUUGAUAAGAAAUGCCGAGACUUUCUUUGGGGUAGCACCACAUCGGCUCAAAAGGUCUACCUUCUUGCUUGGGAUAAUGUUUGUAAAAGCAAAUCAGAUGGGGGUCUGGGUCUCCGUCAGGCUAGAUUUCAGAAUAAAGCAUUUAUGAUGUAG